AUGCUAUUUGGUCAUAUCAUAAAAAGGUUAAGACAGAAAACCAUUAUUGCUGUUGUAACAUAUGAUAAUGUUGGAAUUGUUGACCUCUCUCACAAUAAGUUCACUGGUCAUUUGCCAGGGAGAUAUUUCAAAUUUUUCAAAGCUAUAAGGAAUAAAACUAUGCCAAAUGAAAAAUAUUUUAGUGUUGGAGCAUAUUAUUCAGUUACGGUGACGAUGAAGGGGCUUGAUAUUUAUUUAACGAGAAUUUUGACUGUCUUCACAACAAUUGAUUUAUCAUCUAACAAAUUUAGUGGAGAUAUUCCAAAUGUCAUCGGAAGGCUUAAUUCUCUCAUAGUGCUUAAUUUAUCUCAUAAUAGCCUUAUAGGCCUUAUUCCAUCAUCUUUAGGAGACUUGACAGAGCUUGAAUCACUAGACCUCUCUUCAAACCAGCUUAUUGGGAACAUUCCUAACCAUUUAUUGAGUUUGACAUUUCUUGAGGUCUUUAACCUUUCAUGGAACCGUCUCGAUGGACCCAUACCUCGAGGCAAACAAUUUGAUACAUUUGGAAAUGAUUCAUAUGUUGGGAACUUGGGAUUAUGUGGGUUUCCAUUGUCAAAGGAAUGUGAAGAUAAUCAAUCACAAGUUCAGCCGGGGGUGCUAUUACAACAGGAAGAUGACUCAAAUUUUGUAAGUGGAUUUACUUGGGAAGCCGUGGUGAUGGGGUAUGCGUAUGGAAUGGCAUUGGGAUUGGUUAUAGGUUUUCUCAUGUUCUUAACUGGAAAACCAAAAUUGUUUGUAAGAAUUGUUGAAGGGAAAAAGCAUAAAAAGGUGAAAAUGUUGAGACGGAUUAUGUUUUCAGUAUUUGUCCGAGGUUUGAAUUCACCUAAUUCUCAUCCGAAAGGACAGGAGGACGUGGAUAAAUUUCAUAAUUACAGGGACGGGAUGUAA